GGCGGGCUUAGCAAGCAGGCGACCAGCGCUCAGCGGAUUUUAACGGUGGUUUUAUUAUGAAGGAAACUCGGCCAUGCCCGCUCACCAACAGGUCCCGAUUUUUACUCGGAUGGUUUGACUCACCCCCGUCCGCCGCACCAAUACUGCGAACUCCAGGAACAGCCUAGCCCAGGAACGCAACCCGAGCCCUGAAACGCCGCACACGAGAAGCACGUUUGCUGAGGAACACUGGAGCCCAGCCCAGUUGCGGCGUGGGGAACUGGAAGGCGGUGGUGGACGGGUUGCCACCUCUGUCUCUUGGUCGUGUCUGUGUGUUGCGCCCCGUUCCACACUCAACCUUUCCGUAGCUUCUCGAGGUUGCUACUCCACAAGUCCGACACGGUGAUCGGAGGUCAAGGACGCCUGUUAGGGCAUCCCCAGACGGCAGCGUCGGGAACCCAGGAAUCUGUGUUUCCAGAGGUUUCGUUUGGAUGACAGGAACGCCGGGCAAGCAGGUCUUGUCAAUGCAAGCUCCAGCAAAGUAUCGAAACAUGGGCAAUACAGCCUGGAAAGGCAUGGAUAAACCUACCCACCAGCCGUCGAUCAGGGUGCAAGCUUGCUAGCCGCCUCCGCCUUAAUGUAUCAAGCCAAGCACCGUGUCGGGCCAAGCCCGAUCGGAGCUGCUGGCCCGACGAAAUCAAGGAUCGGCCAUCGGAGUCGAUCGGUUGCUGUGUCGUGCGAAAUGGCAGUGACAUGCGAGGCGCAGCCCCUGAGUUCCCAGGUAGGUUCUCAGGUACCUACCAGAUGUCCUCUUAUUUAUAGACUAUGCCAGAUGGGCCUUUGGGGAGCCACUGGAGCAUCACACGACCCAUGGUUCGGGACGGAGGUUUCUCUCAAAUCUCUUGGCUCGGCAGACGUGUCCGCCGGAAGCGGACAUCCCUCCAUCGAUCCAUCCAGCGCAUCGCGCCGUGUCGCUAGGGCGGACGGGAAUGACGAAUUUCAAGGGUGCACUGUACGGUGCGGGGACUGGGUCACCCACAGGCGGAUGGCUGCUGACGUAAACUGCAGCCCCGUUUACAACCUCCCUCGACAAAGAUUCCUGGACCAGACCCCUGAACAACCGCCCCCAACGGAGAGAGAAGCGCAUCAUUGUCGCCCUACGUAGCCCCCAUUGCUCCCUCGGACUACCCUUGGAUCUGCCUCUAUUGGACCCCGCCUGUCAUGACCUCGUCGGCCGGCGCCCUCCCCGACGAGCUGCGCCUCGCGACGGAAGCGCAUGUCAAAUACAUCCAGAGCCUCGACACGAGGAAGGAGGACUACGACUACUGGCUGACCGAACACCUCCGGCUAAACGGCGUCUACUGGGGCCUUGCCGCACUUCACAUCCUUGGCCACCCGGAAGCCCUCCCGCGAGAUGCCACCAUAGACUUUGUGCUGUCUUGCCAGCACGAGAGCGGCGGCUUCGGCGCCGCCCCGGGCCACGACGCCCACAUGCUGUCCACAGUCAGUGCUGUGCAGAUCCUGGCCAUGGUCGACGCCCUGGACGAGCUGGACAAGAGAGGCAAGGGGAACGCGGCGCAGGUGGGCAAGUUCAUCGCGGACCUUCAGGACCGGCAGACCGGCACCUUUGCCGGCGACGAGUGGGGCGAGGAGGACACGCGGUUCCUGUACGGCGCCCUCAACGCGCUAUCGCUCCUGGGCCGGCUGGACCUCGUCGACGUCGGCCGGGCUGUCGAGCACGUUGCGGCGUGCGCCAACUUCGACGGUGGCUAUGGCGUGCGGCCCGGCGCCGAGUCGCACUCGGGCCAGAUCCUCACGUGCGUGGCGGCGCUCGCCAUUGCCGGCCGGCUGGACCUGAUCGACACGGACCGGCUGGGUUGCUGGCUGAGCGAGCGGCAGGUGCCCGCUGGGGGCCUGAACGGGCGGCCCGAGAAGCAGGAGGACGUGUGCUACAGCUGGUGGGUGCUGGCCAGCCUCGAGAUCGUCGGGCGCACGCACUGGAUCGACCGCGACGCCCUUGCCUCCUUCAUCCUCCGCAGCCAGGACACCGAGGCGGGCGGCGUGUCGGACAGGCCCGGGAACCAGGUGGACGUGUGGCACACGUGCUUUGGCAUUGCUGGGCUAUCCCUUCUCAAGUGGCCGGGGCUCGAGGCUGUCGAUCCCGUCUACUGCAUGCCCAAAUCCACCAUCGAGCGGGUUCUGGGUAGGAAAUAGCGCGGUCGAGAGAAUGGACUCGGCUGUUAGCACUCAGUUGACCAUCUUGAUAUAAAGAUGUUUCACGGUCCAUUCAGUUUUCUGUUGUCUUCAUAUGCCUUCGGCCCACUUUGCGAGGCAGUGUACCAGUAGACCCUAAGGCAAACGCUACGUAGAAGUUCUUCAAGCUGUAUGCCCGGUUGCAAGGGUUGCACCCAACCGGGAACUCUCUUUAGCACUUGGCUGCCAUCAGGUAGCACCAAUCUGCAGCUGUUCCUUAGUCACGUCGCUACAGCCGACACCAAUCUCUUGCAUCACUGUUCCCGCGGAAGUGGCACCUGUCUUUGGUUGCUGGUAGCCCUCCUCCGGCCUGUGUCAC